AUGAAUGGAGGAGAAGAAGAAGAGAGAGAGACUAAAGAAGGAGCACGGAAGGCAGAGGUGAGGAAGAUGGAGAGAAGAGACACUCAGCUGCUUUGCUCUUUGCUGCUGUGUAUCAUCACACAGGUGUGGUGCCAACUGUGUACUGGGCCAUGUCAGUGCCCGCCCACCGUGCUGCGCUGCCCUGUUGGCGUUCCUCUGAUGUUUGACAGCUGCGGGUGCUGCCAGGUGUGCGCUAGGCAGGAGGGCGAGGCCUGCACCGACCGGCUUCCCUGUGACACCCACCGAGGGCUGCAGUGUGAUUACAGCGCCAGCUUCCCGGGAGGGCCAGGACAGUGUGUCGGUCGUAACGAGCUGGGCUGCGAGAUGAAUGGCAGGAGACUGGAGGAGGGACAAGUAUUUCAACCUUCCUGUGCCCAGCUCUGCCACUGCCUGGGGGGAGGUGUGACAUGCGUGCCCCUUUGCAGCGAUGAUCUGCAGAGGCCCACUGAUAGAUGCCCCAGCCCUCAGCUGGUGCGACUGCCAGGGCGCUGCUGCAAAGAGUGGGUGUGUGAUGGCCUUGACAACAGCAUUUCCUCAAAUCCAUCAACAGCAGAACAGGCGCGACAGGACAACAGGGGUGGGCUGCCCAACCCGGCGUUUGGCUCUGUCUCCAACUGUAUUGAGAGGACCUCAGACUGGAGCCCCUGCUCCCACAGCUGUGGUCCAGGUGUCUCCGCCCGCACCACAAACAGGAACUGGGCUUGUCGCUUGCAGACUGAGACCAGACUGUGCCAGGUCAGGCCAUGCCAGACUCUGCUGCCGGGGCUCCGAAGGCUGCAGCUGGGUUCGGGGGUGUGCGAGAGCAGCUACAUAUCACCUCUGUCCAUUCAGCUUGAACAUCAGGGCUGCUGGAGCACCAGAGCCUACCAUCCCAGGUUCUGUGCCUUCACCUGUCUGGAGGGACGCUGCUGCAGCCCCUCCCACACCAGGACUGUGCAGAUGGUUUUCCGUUGUCCCCAAGGCAUGCUCACCCUGCAGCAGGUGAUGAUGAUAGAGUCCUGCUCCUGCAGCAUCUCCUACUGCCGCCAGUCCCCAGCCACAGCUGCCCGUAGUGCCCUGCCCUGGCUGUGAGGUGCAUGCGCAUCCAGCUAAAAGAAGGAUGGGCCGGUCCCAUCUGUGAGGAAAGUGACCACACAUGGGUGUUGAGCCAGUGUUUCAAAAUGGCAGAAAAAUUACAAUCAGGAUGGGAAACCUGGCAUUCAACAAUAGCACUUGAGAAUAAAGGAUCCAGAUGUGCAAAUACAUGAGCUCACACAUUUGAAAAUAUGUACUAAAAUGUAUGCUGUAAUCUCUAUAUAGAUUAUUGAACAAGCAAAAGGUAACCACAUUCACAUUUUACCAUAAUUUUUUAAAUCUCUAUGCUCCCACAAAUUCUCAUGUCACCAUCUUGAAUGAAUCCUGUCCAUUCUUUGGCAAACUCAAAUUUAUACUGAGAUUAGUGAAUAUGUCAACCCCUACACAGGUGGCAGCCACCAUGCGUAAAGGGAUAGUUUGGAUCUUCUGAAGUUGGGUUAUAUGAGGUACCUAUCUUAUCAGUGUAUUACAUACAAGAGAUGUCAGUUGGCACACCUCUAGUUUGGCGACGCAGACAGGAAUACUGUCAUGGAAGCUUAUCAAUGUACUGCUGUGGACAGGGUCAGCCACAAAACAUAUUUUUGCCACCUAAAAAAAAUCAUAUCAGUUUAAGUGUGAGCUAUAUUGAGAGUAUUUUUACUGCUUUAUCUUGCAGUUAGGCAGCAAUUGCAGAGGGGAACUGAAGUCCAUCUAUCGCCCUCUUCAAAGACAGACUGCGUUGAGAAAAACAGUUAUUUAACAGUGCAGAACACAGGAGCUGCUAGUCCACUGCUGCAUUGUGUGACUUUGGCAUUUAAAGGAGCUAGCUCUGAUUCACCAAUAAACCAGCAGCUCCUGUGUUCAAUAGGCAAAGUUACUUUUUUUUUUUUUAGUGAAGUCUGGUGGCUUUGAGGAGAGCAACAUUGGGGAAUGGAAGGCGUUAACAGCUUAAGGCUCAUUUAUACUCUUUUAACAUACGAAACUAGAUACAUCUGUUUCAGACGUUCAGAUUUUGUAAUAUUGUCCCUCAAAACCCUGUCCUUGCACUCAA